GCUGUUCCGUUCUACUUUGUCGAUAACGGAUUUCUCGAUUCAGCAAGAACCGAUGGCAGGCACGAGUGCAAACUUCGGCGGGCAAGCAAAUAUCGUCAAAGGGGUGUUUGAAAAGCUUACAUAUGCACCAGUUGCAGACGCCGACGCCGUUGCCAAGGCAUGGCUUGAUGAUCACGGGCGUCGUUUUGGUGUCUUUACUGAUGGUAAAUGGACACAGUCAGAAACUGCAGAAUAUAUUCAGGCUCUCAAUCCAGCCACAGGUGAACUUCUCGCAUUGUUACAAGUGGCAUCACAAGAUGACAUCAGCAGAACCCUGAAAUCUGCCCGUGUAGCAUUUGGUGUGUGGAGUGAGUUAACUCCCCAUGCUCGAGCUCGCCACAUAUACAGUUUGGCAAGACACAUACAAAAACAUCAACAGCUACUGAGUGUGAUAGAGGCACUAGACAGUGGGCAAGCUAUUCGUGAAACCCGUGACAUUGAUGUGCCACAGAUUGUACGAGUGUUUUACCAUUAUACUGGCAGAGCUCAGCUGUUGAAUUCAGAGUACCGUGAAUACAAACCUUAUGGAAUUGUGGCUGUUUUACCAUCUUGGGCACGUUCACUUCUGUCCCUGUCAAUCAGGGUGUGUGCUGCUUUGGAAUCAGGAAAUACGGUAGUUGUCUGCCCUUCACCAGAUACCUCUCUGUCAGCCCUGUUGCUGGCAGAAGUGGCUAUUGAGGCAGGACUUCCAGCUGGAGUCUUGAAUGUCCUGACAGACAAUGCAGAGAGAAAUGUGAUGAAUUCACUGGUUAUGCAUGAAGAGACAGAUAAAAUUACAUUUGUGGGAACAACUCAGGAAGGAAAAACUCUACAAAAGCUAAUUGCAGGCUCUGGAAAGAGUUUGACAAUGGAAUUGAGUGGAAAAAGUCUAAUGAUUGUGUUUGAAAACUCCGAUCUUGACAGCGUUGUGGAAGGAGUUGUGGAUGGAAUCUGGACCAGCCAAGGACAGUUCAGCUCUGCAGCAUCCAGACUGAUAGUGCAGGAAACAGUGGCUGAUCGGCUGCAGCUGAAACUGCAGAGAAGACUGGAGAAUCUCCGAGUAGGAAACAGCUUAGACAAGUCUUGUGAACUCGGGGCCAUGACAUGUUCCUGGAUGCCAAAGGUAGUGGCAGGAUUUGUUGAUGAAGCAAGACACGAAGGUGCACAGAUUUAUCAAGCCCCCAUUUCUCAGAAGUCUCCUGGGUGGUUCUACCCACCUACACUUGUAGUUGGAGCCCAGGCUUCAUCUCGAAUAGUUACAGAAGAUUUUGUAGGACCAGUUACGACUCUUCUGCCAUUCCGUACAGCUGCAGAGGCUAUUGCACUAGCCAAUAAUUCCCCAUAUGCCAUGGCUGCUAGUAUCUGGACUGAAAAUAUCACACUGGCACUGGAAGUUGCAGCUGCUGUUCAGGCAGGAACUGUUUGGAUCAACAGUCAUAACCUGUGUGAUGCUGCAGCAGGUGUCGGUGGUCCAAAACACAGUGGCAGUGGACGCAGUGGCGGCAGACGGGGCUUACUGGAGUAUAUGCAAGCAUCCUGGCAAACUAAAGCUCCAGUGGGUCAGUUGGACAUGAAUUUGCAGACCUUUGGCUCUUGUGUUGCACCUAGACCCUCUGCCUCCUGCUUUAAUAGAGAAAAUGGUGAUCAUCCUCUUGUUGACAGAACUUACAAGCUUUACUAUGGGGGAGUUCAGAAGCGGCCUGAUGGUCAGUAUUCCAGGCCUGUUACAGCUGCUGGAGGACAGGUCAUAGGUCAUGUUGCUGAAGCUAGUCGUAAAGAUGUGCGCAAUGCUGUGGAAGCAGCUCAGAAAGCGUUUGUAGGAUGGAGUAGACAUGCUGGUCACAACCGUGCUCAGAUUCUCUUUUACCUUGCCGAGAACCUGAGUGUGCGGCAGGAAGAAAUGGCUGACCGUCUGGAGCUGAUGACGGGACAGAGCAAGGAACACUGCCAGCGAGAAGUAGAUCUUUCAGUGGAACGUCUGUUUUAUUGGGCAGCUUUCUGUGACAAGUAUGGGGGAGAGGUGCAGGAGGUGCCAUUGUAUGGAAGGGUCAUAGAAUCAAAUGAAGCAGUCGGCGUCAUUGGAGUGAUCUGUCCUGAGAGCUAUCCUCUCUUGGCAUUUGUAUCUCUCUUUGCUGCUGCCAUUGCAAGAGGCAAUGCUGUCAUAAUUGUACCCAGUGAGAAGCAUCCCCUGGCUGCUCUAGAUUUCUACCAGAUCUUUGAUACCUCAGAUCUCCCUGGAGGUGUUGUCAACAUCCUUUCAGGCAACAGUGAUCACCUGACACGAUGCAUUGCUGAACACCAGGAUGUGCAAGCUAUGUGGUACUUCGGCUCUAGAGAAGGCUCUAAGUUUGUAGAGUAUGCUUCUGCUGACAGCUUGAAACGAACGUGGGUCAACCAUGGCAGAUUCAGGUAUUUUGGUGACCCAGCCCAGGGACAAGGAGAAGAGUGGCUAUUUCACUGCACUCAGCCUAAAACCAUUUGGACGCCCAUGGGAGAGAUAUUUGCAAACUAAGGUCUGAGAAUAUUGACAGAAUUUCUGCUGAAAUUAAUGGAUCUAAGCUCUUUUGGGGAAGCGUGGUAGAUGAAAAAAAUGUUUUGCAGUUGAUUUUUGUACCUUUAAAGUGAGAUAGUUCAAUGGUAGUAAGCAACAGUGUAGAAAACAUAGAGAAGGUAGAGAAAAUCACUAAUUUCUAAUCUUUCUGCUUCAUCAGUUGCUUCAAAUUACCUCAAUGAUGGGCUAAAAUGAUUUCAAGAAACAAUUGUUUGUGAUUUCUGGUUGCCUAUGGCAUUGCUGUUAAUACAUAAAUUAUGCAUUUUUGUAGAUUGUAUGUUUACAAUAUGUAAUAUAAAUAAAUAGCAUUUAUAUAAAUAGCACUAUAAGGGCAUUUAUCUUCUCAGGAUAUUCAAAGUCUCACAUAAGAUAGCAGGUGGGUUUUUUUUUUGGGUUGUUGUUUUACAGUUUUGAGAAUAUGACAUUUUUUAAGUCAUUUCCGUCAUUUCUCUCUGCCUCUCAUUUGAUGUUUGUGCCUGCGUGCAUGUCAAAGUAAGAAAAGCCCAUCUGUCGGUACAAUUUUACCUACAUUUGUAAAUGUGGUCAGGUUCUUUUGACAGAAUGCUUUCAAAUGUGUGUGUGAGAGCGUGAGCAUGCUGAUCAUGAUGUACACAGCGCCAUCCAUCAGACCUGUCGCUAAACUAGUCCUUUAUAUAAAUUUUCGAAUAAAACUGCUUAAAGAAAUA